GCCCCUAAAGGCACGGGGAAGUCUCUCGGUGUCCCAGUCAGUUCGUCCGCCGCCGGCUGCACGAGCGUUUCAGCUUGCUCGCGUGCACAGUGUACAGACACGGAGCAGGAUUCGCUGUGGGAUUUAUUACUCGGACCGACACAACUCCUGGAUUACCAAGUGUCUUUUUGUUCUCCGCUUUGUUGUUAUUUUUUUUUUAUAUUAUUUAUAUUGUGUGUAUAUAUAUUUUUAUUUUUUUAUUUUAUUUUUUUAAUUCUGAGCUUAAAAAACAACCUGCGUGAUGGCUCGGGAUCCGGAGCAUGUGAGCAAGCUCACUGAAAGUACUUUUAAGAAUGUAAUGGAGCAGUUCAACCCAGGCCUGAGGAACCUGGUCAACCUCGGAAAGAGCUAUGAGAAAUCAGUCACAGCAAUGGCUCUUGCUGGAAAGGCUUAUUUUGAUGCAGUGUCAAAGAUCGGAGAAACUGCCAUCGUGUCUCCAGUCUCCAGAGAGCUCGGUGUGGUUCUGAUGGAGAUUGCAGAAGCCCAGAAGAAGGUCCAUAAUGACCUGGAAGAUAACUUCAAGAGAUUCCACAGAGAUGUUAUUAUCGAGCUGGAGAAGAAGACAGAGAUGGAUGUCAAAUAUAUGAACGCCACCUUCAAGCGCUAUCAGUCAGAGCACAAGGUGAAACAGGAAUCCCUAGACCGUUCUCAGACAGACCUGAAGAAGCUCAGGAGGAAAAGCCAGGGAAAGCACUCAUCCAAAUAUGACCUCAGAGAGAACGAGUACUUGCAGACUAUCUCAUCACGCCAGAUGGACAUGCAGAAGUUCAUUGCUGACGGCUGCAGAGAGGCUUUGCUGGAAGAAAAGCGACGCUUCUGUUUCCUGGCGGACAAACACUGCAUGUUCUCCGGUCAAAUUAGCAACUUCUAUGAGAACGCCAAAGAAAUACUGUCAGUGAAGAUCCCCACCUGGCAGGAAAAGUGCAGCGACAUCACCAAGGUGCCAGACUCUGUGGUGAGCAUGAUAGAAGGGCUGUCCGUCGUUCCACAACAAUCACCGCUGGUUGAUCACUGUAACAGGGUCAAUGUGGACUCUGGCCCUCCUCCAGCACCACCCCUCAAAGCUCAGUUCAGCCCACUUGCCAACAUGUUUAAUCAAGAGCCCACAUUUCCAUUUAACUCCUCUUCAGACCACAACUCAGAUCAGGGCAGUAUUGGAGAUGGCAGUCUGUCGAGAUCUACAUCCCAGUCAUCUGGUCUGAACGUGAGCAAGAAGUUCCGGGUUAGAACCAUUUUCCCUCACACAGCAGGCAACAACGACACGCUCCUGAGCUUCGAUGAAGGCGACAUCAUCACUCUGCUCAUCCAGGACGAGAAGGACGGCUGGUUGUACGGAGAGCUGGAGAAGACGCAGCAGCGGGGCUGGUUUCCCUCAUCCUAUUGUCGAACUUACACUGAGUCGGUGGUAUCAAAUAGUAGUAAUCUAGGCACGCCGGUGCAUCAUCUUAGUACGAUUAGCCUGCCAGAGACUGAGGAGGAGGAGGAGGAAACAGUGUUGCUGCCACCACCAGACUACAGCGACGACGCCCCCUCCCGCCCAGUCGUCCUCUCAAUGCCUUCGCCAGUAAACACGGUUUCUUUAGUCAAUGGGACUCCAAAGGCUCCUUUUCUUGCAGGAGGGAACCCCUUUGCCAUGGUCAAGCUGAAGCCGACUGUCACAAAUGACAGAUCUGCCCCACUCAUCUAACUCUAAGCUUAUUAGGGUGGUGGGGGGGUUCUUCACCGCUGUUAUGCCUUCAGGGGACUCUUGUACUGGAAUCAUACAACCCCCUCUGCGACACACUGACUAUCUCCCCAACCCAACAUCUCACUAGCCUGCAUGCUAGUUUUUUUUCCUCAGUACCAGCGCGUGUUUUAUCAUCAGCCACCACACGAUAACCCACAUUUGGAGACGCGGGAAUUGUGAAAAACUGUGGACAAAGAAAGUGUUUGGUGUGCUCUUCUGGUUUGAGUUUGUAUAACAAGUAAACAUUCACAACAAAAUGAACAUUUAGACUUCCCUCUGAUCCAUAUCGUUUUAGUAAAAGUAGCAUUUAAAUUGGUGAACGUGUUGCAUUUCCUGUGGCUGCUUUGCAGUGAAAGCCGCCAUGUGAUCUGCAGUGCCAUUAGAAAGUAUUUGCUUUACGUUGUUUACCAGGAACUUAAUAUGACUCCUGAUACUGAGCGGAGACAGAAAACUGUAAACAGUGAGGCUGUUAUCAAAGUAAUCAAAUUGCACUGAAUUGCAGUCAUGCGUCUUUAAAGCAGUCCAGAGAAAUCCACUAGAAGAUUUUCCUCUGUCACUACCAGGAAAAAGUGCACAUACACAGCUCCUCCAAGUAAACAGGUUGAACAACCAUUGAUUUUUACUCCUCAGUCGUGAAAGGCUGAUGGGGUAUUGUUGUCUACAAAAUUGUUACUGAUAUGCUAUUUGGUAGAUGAAGUCUUUGUUUUCAUUUUGGAAUGAACCGGUCUCUCUAUUGCUUUCUAAGACACUCGGUCAGGCUUGUUUCAAUGAAAAAUGAUGAGAUCCAGAUGUAAACCUUUGCUACCUGAUACUGAUGAAACAGACAAGCAUACAGUCUUCCUGACUUGCCAAAAUAUCUGUAUCUUUAGCUCUUUCUUUUUUUUUUACUAGUUAUUUUAGUUUACUUUACUAGUCUACUUUUUUUUUUUUUUUUUUUUU